AUGGGAUUCAUAAGGAUAGAAGACCCUAAAGAAGAAGAUAAAACAAUUUCAUAGCAAGAUUACAGAGGAUUAAAAGCCGGAAUGAUUAUCAGCUACAAUCUUGCAACUUAUUAAGGCAAAAUUCUAAAUAAUAAAAGAGAAGGAUUUGGAGAAGAAACUUAUCCAGAUGGAAAUUUGUACAAAGGAAAUUAUCACAAUGAUUUGAGAUUCGGAUCUGGUAUCAUGACUUAUAGUUUAAACAGAAGAGAUUACGGUACUAUUAGAUAUGAUGGAUAAUGGAUGAAUAACAAAAAAUAAGGACAUGGGAGGGGUAAUGGAAAAAUGGAGGUUAAAAUGGGAUGGGAAGACUAAGACUUACUGACUUUAACUACUAAAGAAAAAAAGUUCAAGAUAUCUUAAAAGUGUUUUAUUCUUAGACUCUAAAUCCACCAAGAGAUCAGAUCUAUCUAUUUGCUAAUAUAGAUUAUGAAUAAAGACGUGAUGAACCGCCUGCAUGGAUAAGGGCAACUCUAAUAAAAUUUUACAAUAAGGUUAGAUGAAUAGAGAACUCUUGACUUCAGUAUAAUGCAUAUUGGAUAAUUUGAAAAUGGAAUGAGGCAUGGAUUUGGAGUUUCAAUGAUCCAUCUUUAAUAAGUCAGUGAGGAAAAUAAAAUUUAAUCAUACUCAAAGACUGAUUUAAAAAUAAAAGCUCAUUAUGACCAUGAUGAAUUAGCAUUUACUUAUGAAGAUAAAAUACCAGAUCACAACUAAAGGAUUGACAAUGAAUCUAAAAAUUUAAAUGCAGUCCAAUUAUUUCACUAUGACGACUCUCCUGAAUAACUCAUGGAUAAUUUGUUACCUUUUAAUCUAAAGUUAGAAAAGCAUUUGCUAGAUUAUUCGAAGAAAAAUAAUGUCUUGGACAUAUUGCCCUUUAAGAAAAAUUAAAAUUCUCCUGAGAUAGAUCUUAAAAUUUACGAUGAGUAAAUGUUGAAGAACUUUUAAUUUGAAAAAUAUGUCAUUGAAGAUUCAUCUCUAAGAAAUGAGUACAUUGACUUUGAUUCAAUCCUCUCAGUAAUGAUACUUCUAAAUUCCAACUAAGAUUUACUAGAGGAAAUAUUUAUAUAUUCGAAAGUCAAUCAUCACUGGGUUUGCUUAAAAUUAUUCAAUGAUCUAUCUAUUGUUGAAGUACCUAUCAAAGUAAGAUAUAAUGACAGCAUAGAGAAAUACUAAAAUAUUGAUGCGAAUGAUACAUUUGUUCAAUGGAUACCUUUGAUAUGCCAAGGUAUUAUACAUGUCUGGAAAGAUCAAAAUUAAGGAUAAAGCAUUAAAGCUCAAUUUCAGGAUAUUUGCAAAAUAGUUUUUGGGGCUGAUCCAUUGGUCUUACUUUCUUCUCAAGGCAGAAUGAAUUUUGAUGCAACAGACAAGUAAUUAUUCUAAGAAAUGUAUCGAAUGAAAUGUAUCUAUGCAGGACUCUUAGAUCUAGAAGUUAAAAGAAAAAACACUGCAUUAUUCAUGCCGAAAGAUGCUUCUGUUUAAAAUUGCAAAAAGGUUUAUCUUCCGAUUAAAUUCGAUUAUCAAAAUUCCUCAAGAGUAUUUGAUCAUAAAGUAAUAAUAAAUCGCUUCAUUCCAAUUGAUCCACAUUAUUGCGAUGAGAAGGAAGCAUUUGGGCAUUUCAGUGAGCUUUACUUGAUCCCAAAUCUAUCUAGAAAUCAUUACAGCCACUCUAAGAUACUUAAGAAUUUAAAGCCUAAGCAUUUAUUCCAUAACGUAUGCUUUGAAUUCAAAGUUAUUAUGAAAACAAAACUUUAAUUCAAGAUUAACCAUGGCCGUUAUAAAGAUUCAUCUGGCAAAACAGUACUUCCGUUAUAAAUAAUAAUCGUCCGAGAUAGAAUUAUUAAGUAGGAAGACGCUUUAAAGAAAAGUUUUGCACUGGGCAAAGAUGAGAUUUAUCACGAAUACCACAGUGGUCAAGGACAAUCUAUUGAUGGAAAAAUUAUAUUCAACCCUGCUGGAGAAUUUGAGCCUGGCAAAUACUAAAUAAUGUGUGAAAUUGAAUAUGAAGCUAAAAAGUAUAGUUUGAACGCUAAAGAAUAAAAGAUAAGUUAAUAAUUUGAUUAGCCAAUGCCUUAUGUGAUAGAAAUUGGAUUAUGGUCUAUAAAUUGCUAUGUUUAGAUUCAUCAUUCUAAAUCCAGCAGUUUAGACAACUAGAAAAUUUACCGAAAUGCUUUUGACUCUUACUUAAAAUCAAAGCAUGAAAAACUUUACAUAAUAGAAACAGGAGAAGGAGCUAAGAAAUUAUGGAUGAAGUAAUAUUAUAUCAAGCCUCAUCUAACUUAUGUAUAAAUCUUCAGAAAUGAGAGUGAAUCAAUAAAAUGGGUCCAUGAAAAAUAACUAGUACUCAAAAACAUGAUUAUGUAUGAAAUCGAACCUGAGUUUGAAGAUAUUAGCGGGAAAACUGCAAAUUUAUAAGAAGUCAUUUCUCAGGUUGUCCCUGACGAAGAAUAAGAUGUUCCAUUUAGUGUUUCCCUUGGAAAAGCUACAAAGAAAUAUGUUUUCAUAAGAUAGAUUCGAGCAUCAAGUAAAAUAAAAAUUUUAAGCAAAGAUGUAAACAACCAGAUUUCAAACCUUAUAGACAAUAAUAUCUCAAAUUAAUGA